AUGGCUCCGGCCGUCGUCAACGGCCUGGCGCAGCACGCCCGCUCCGUCAUCUCGGGCGGGCUCUCGAGCCUUCCGCAGACGGCAGACAUCACGGCGAGAGGGUUCGACCCGGCCGUCGGCCCCCUCGUCGCCAGAUCCAUCCUCGCCGCCCGUGACGGCACGCCGGCGAAGGAAGACCCAAAGAGCGGCGUCACCAGCCCCGGCGACAUCAACAACACGGCCAUUUUUGUGCUGUUCGGCCUGAUCGGUGCGGCCUUUGUCGUCACCGGCAUCUGGUUCUUUUUCUGGGCCAAGAACGGCGGCUUCUACUUCAAGGAGGACGACUGGGACGACUACAAGUCGACCGUCCUGCGCCGCAAGGGACCCAACGGCACCAUCCUAUCCAACGCCACCAAGUCGACGAAGCUCGGGGGCGGCAGCGUGUACAAGGACUACGACGACAACCAAACCAGCAUCUCGGGCACCACGCUGUCGGGCAUCACUGCGGGCGCGAGCGACAUCGCCGCCCGCGAGAAGCGUGAACGCAAGAAGGAGAAGAGGCGCAGGGAGAAGAAGGAGGGACGCCACAGCGAGAAGCGAUCCCGCCGGAACAACGACGAGGCCAGCGUCCUCAUCGACGAAGAGGCGGAGCGUGAGGCCAAGCAGCACCUGAGGUCGUACCGCCACGAGAGGCCUGCCCGCGUCGGCGGCAUGAACAAGGAGUCGGAGUCGUCCGAGUGGGACGGCUCUACCAACCCCACCGAGUCGUCCGUGUCAUCCAACCUGCUGUCGAACCGCGAGACGACGCCCACGUCGACCCCGACCAAGGGCGGCAUCCGCAAGGUGUACAGCACGGCAGACCGCAACGAGGAGCGUGAGCGCCAGCGCAUCCGCGCCGAGGCCAAGAGGCUGCAGGAGAAGGGCCGCUCAGCCGGCAGCUCCAGACGCGACUUCAGCUUCCAGCGCGCCAGCACGAUCGCCGAGGACCAGGCCACCCGCGGUUACGCUCUGCCGCCGCCCCAGGAGGAGCCGGAGCCCAGCGUCCCCGGCGCCUGGACCGAGAGCGACAUUACCAGCGCCGUCGAGAGCGACUACGGCAACAAGUCAUACCACCACGUCAUCCCCGGGUUGAGCAGCCAGAGCGCUGUGAGCAGCGAGUACGCAGACGAGAGGCGGAAGAAGAGACACGCCCGUCGUCACCGUGAUCACUGA